UGGUGUUGCAGAAUUUACAAUGAAGUUCACGGCAAGGGUUCUGCUACUGGCCCUCCUUCUGCAGACCCAAACGGUGUGCUUUAAGAUAUGGUUCCUCUUCGGAAAACCUCGAUCCACCACCCAUCAGCAGAUGACAGAGACCGCCAUUUUAAAUGUUUCAGCACAGGCUUGCAGGACUUUGGCAAACGCUGAGGGAAAGGACUUUGCACUGCCGACAGGUACCCUCUCAGCUGAGUCCCUAGUAAAGGCUUGUGCAGCCUCAGACUCUGCCAGACCCUUUCGGAGAUCAAUUAAAACAAUUCGAUUUGCCAAUGGUGCUACAGAUAUAGCCUAUCUCCUCUCACCUCAGCGUCAUUUUGACAACGAGCUGAUUUUAAAUGGCCGGGAGCUCAUCAGAAGUGGCCUGGAGAGAGUGAAGGCAAACGUGAGGCUGGGGAACUUUAUUGCAGCAAGGCUGACACUGGGAGUAACCCUGCACACCUUACAAGACUUUUACAGCCAUAGUAACUGGAUUGAGAUGGGUCAAAGGGUUCCCUUCUCAGCCCUAAUCAAACCAGACGCCAUCAUAAGAAACAUUGCAGAUGAAAAUACCCCAACAUGUAGAGAUUGUGAUGGACAAAACUGCAAUAACAUCCUGCAAAGCAUCCUGGCUGACCGGCUGCUCACCACUGGAUACUUUGGAUCGACAAAACCAGAAGGCAAGUGCAGUCACGGAGGCUUUCCUGAUGUGAGUAGCUUACUCCCACCAAAGGGAGGCAUCAACAAAGACGACGAGGACUCCAUACAUGGUGGCCUUCAUCCUGUGGCUGUGGAGGUUGCCACGGCGGCCACCAUAGAACUCCUGCAGGACAUCAGGGGUGCUGCAGGGGAUCAGGACUUCCUAAGGCUGAUGGGGGUCACACGGUCCUCCUCCGUGCUGUGCUUUGUGAUUGACACCACGGGGAGCAUGUCUGAUGACAUCGUGGAGGUGAAAAGGGUGACCUCAAGCAUCAUAGACAGCCGGAGGGGAACGCCAGACGAACCCCCCGAAUACAUUCUAGUGCCGUUCAAUGAUCCAGACUUUGGCCCAUUAAUGAGGACAACAAAUGCAGACAUUUUCAAAGCGCAAAUCAAUGAUCUCACAGCAACUGGAGGAGGAGACUUCCCUGAAAUGAGCCUGUCAGGUCUACAGCUGGCUCUAACAGGCGCACCACCAUCAUCUGAAAUAUUUCUUUUCACUGAUGCAACGGCAAAAGACGAUCACUUGAGGAGCACUGUUCUUGCACUAAUUGAAAGCACUCAGUCAGUGGUGAACUGCAUGCUGACAGGGGUAUUAGGUGGAGCCCGCAGACGCAGAGCGUCCAAUGACGAGCAGCAGAGCCAAAGACUGCGGUUCUCUAGCCGCUCGUCCACGCAGCUCUACCAGGAGCUGGCCCAGGCGUCAGGAGGCCAGGCCAUCCAGGUCAGCAAGGACGACCUGCCGCAGGCCACCAGCAUCAUCGAGGACUCCACGAGUUCAGCUCUGGUGACCAUAUUUCAGGCUGUGAGGAACCCAGGUAAAGCUGAGAGCUUCUCCUUCAUCGUGGAUGACUCUUUGAGAAAGUUGACCAUGUACGUCACAGGCAGCUCACCCAUAUUUACCAUCGUCAGCCCAACAGGUGCAACCCAGAAUAACACUGAAUCGUCUGGAGCUCUGGGGACUAUCCAGGCAGCGGGGAAUUUCAUGACUGUGCGUCUGAACACCACAGAGCAGGGAGGGGCGUGGCAGAUCCACGUGAACUCCACACAGGCCUACACCAUCAAAGUGAUCGGUCAGAGUGGCAUAGACUUCCUCUUUGAAUUUGUGGAGAUAUUUACGGAACCGGAACCUGGAUUUCAAAUCUUAUCCGGCCGGCCAUCUGCCAAUAUGAACGCCUCUCUUCUUGUGACCGUGACGGGCGAGUCCGUUAGUCUCACGGGGGUCGUGUUGGUUCCAGCGUCUGGUGCGCAGCCGGUCAACACCACAGUAGAAGACAGAGGAGAGGGCGACUACCUGGUGACUGUGGACAGACUGCCAGAGGGCGAGUUUGCGGUUCGUGUCACAGGGCUAACCAAUGUAGCCUCCAGGACGUCACAUAACCUGUUUCAGAGGCAGACGUCUACUCAGCUAAGGACCUCUGGUGUCACAGUGACUGUGUCUGCGCUGGUAAAUGACACUUGGGAGCCCGGCACAAACCUCACCAUCCCUUUCACCAUAGCCUCUAAUGCCAGCGGCACAAAGCUCACCAUCCUCGCGAGGAAUGACCGCGGCUUCAGCUCCUCUUUCCCCGGCAGCGUGACUCUGGAUGCUGGAGGUCGUGCUGAGGGCACCGUGACCCUAACAGCCCCCUCAGACACCCCCUCAGGCACCGACGUCGCGUUGACCAUCGAGGCCCAGGCGCCCGGAGGCUCCGACUCCAACUAUGCGGUUCAGCGCCUGACAGUCGUUGCUAAGGCGACCGAUAUCGUGUCUCCCACAUGUGAAGUGGUCCGCGUUAACGCUAAUUGCACUGGCAACUGCAGUCUUCUCUCCUGGGAGCUAUUCGCCAACCUGACGGACGGCAACGGGACGGGCAUCGCGAGGAUCAGCGUGCGCCAGGGCAGCGGCAGCCUCAACACCAGCGUGGUGACGGGCGCGGACGGACUGAACGUGACGCGGGCCGCCUACAGGGCCUCGUGCUGCUCCCAGGAGGUGGAGCUGGUGGCAGUGGACGCGGUGGGGAACGUGGGCGUCUGCUCCAGAUCCAUCAGAGCCACGAGCAGCGACGCAGAGACUCAGACCACAGCCCCGGCUGCAACUACUACGGCCCCAACUACUGCCCCAGUUACUGCCCCAGUUACUGCCCCAGCUACCUUAAUGCAAACUGCUAGCAUGACAACGCAGAGCACUACAGCUAACACCUCUGCUGGGGAGAGCUCUCUGGCCUCACCUCUUUCAUUCUGGUUCAGUCUGAUUCCCUUCUCCCUCAUAAAAAUACUCACACACUAGGCAACACCGCAAAAGCUAGAACAGAUUUGGUCACAUACAGUAAACAUCUCCUCACAAUCCGCUAGCAGCCUCUCCCCUGAAUACGCUGUAAAAGAAAUGUGGUCGACAGCCAAGGCUCCCAAAAACAGCCUGGUGCAGCCUGGACCAUGAAACAUGACAACCUUUUCUAGCCAUUCACCAUCAAGAUGCGUGUUCAGGUGUUCAGGAGAGAUUCAGCUGCACAGGUGGGAGUGGUGAGCCAGCUCUCUGUUUUCUUCGAAUGUCAACAGAAGUGACGUUACCCUACAUCGCUUAGAGCACCUUUACCGUGUAAGUCAAAUAUGUUAGACUUCCAAUAAACUCAUGGGUCAUGGCGGUUAAUAGCUGUUUUUCUUCUAUAACUGCAAAGCAUGUGAUCAAUGAAGAUAAGGUCUGUAAUAGUUAGAUGGUAAUUUUUUAUUGACUUCAUAUACAAUAUCACUAUAGUUUUGUUCAAGUGAUCAUGCUGUAGCUGCACAGCUUACUAUUAUACUAUUUUGUAUUUGAAAUGCAGAUUCUAGACACUUGUCAUAAUUACUGCCCAUCCCUGACCACAAUGGUGUCAACUAGAUGUACCGCAUAGCAGCACGCAAUAUGACCGCCACUCAGUUCUGCACAUUCUCUCCACAAAAAUAAAUGACACUUGUCAACUU